CGGUGCCAUAGGCUGUUGGAAGGAUCCGGACACGCGAGGCCGGCGUGUGUUGGAUGCUCGUAUUUCUUUUCUCUUUUUUCUUCUUUUUCCGCAAUGGAGAACGAUAUUUUGGACUCGCUGGAGGACCUAGGGUACGACGGAGACAUUAGCAAUGAGACCACCUUGAGAGCAGCCGUGGAGGGAAGCGAGGGGGGACCCAAGAGUGUCUCGUACACAAAGCUUGUUGCCUGGAUCACCUCAGAGUUGCGCGUCUUGGCCAAGCUGGAGGAGAUGGUGAAUGCCACGUCAUCCCCCGACGAGCACUCAUCCUUCCUCAUGGAGCUCUCGGCGUUUCUCAAGGAAUUAGGAUGUCCUCAUACACAACUGACCGAAGGACCUGUCAGCCAGCGAUUAACAUCUACAGAAACGCGGCUUAUGUUGCUGGAUUUCCUUCUGGCUGAACUUAUGGCAGCUCGCAUGUUAUCCAGUGCCACCCCAGAGCAAGGCAUGACAGUCGAAAUGCGUGAGAGUGAACAUGCACGGGACCUGAAGGCUUUGCUUAUUGCCCUUGGCUUUCCCAAACCCCCAGCCAACAUCACUCCACAGCAGCUUUUUAUGAAAGUUGAACAGAAGGUAAAUGAUGUGAAGAGCAAAGCCCACCCAUCUCUCAUUGGCAAACCCCUGUUUAAUGGAACUCUGUCAGACAAGCAGUGGGCUCUGUUGGACGAGAUGCAGAAAGAAAUGCAGUCGGAAUACCAGAUGAGACGCGAGAUGUUGAUCAAGCGUCUGGAUGUCACUGUGCAGUCUUUCCAGUGGUCCCACAAAGCCAAAAUGCGAGAAAAUGACUUGGUGAAAGCAUUCCGAUCCCGAAGAGACGUACUGACAGAAAUCCCGAGUGUGUCUGUGGGAGACAUGCUAGCAGCUAGGGAAGACUUAGCAGUCUUAGAGAAGACGAGCAAUGCAUCUGUGCGCAAGGCUACUAAAACACCCCUGAAUAAGGUUCUGAUAGGAAAGGUUCCGGAUCGAGGUGGCCGAGCGCACGAGCUGGAGCCUCCCCCGCCCGAGAUGCCAUCCUGGUCGCAGAGGCAGCCGGGAGGAGGUGGCUACGGAGGACGAGGAGGCGGCCGCGGAGGGCGAGGUGGCGGCGGCGGAGGCGGAAGUGGCUUCUCCUCGGGAGGCGAUCGAGUCCAGGGGGGUUGGAACCAGGGCGGAGGAUACAACCGCGGCGGAGGCGGCUACGACAACCGAGGAGGAGGCGGAGGCUACGACAACAGGGGAGGUGGAGGAGGAUAUGAUAACAGGGGAGGAGGUGGUGGAUACGAUAAUAGGGGAGGUGGUGGAGGCUAUGAUAAUCGGGGUAGCUAUGACAAUCGUGGUGGUGGUGGCUACCGAGGCGGCGGCCACGGUGGCUAUGACAAUAGGGGUUAUGACAACAGAGGCAGGGGCCGAGGGAGGGGGGGAAGAGGAGGUAAUAGGUACUAGGGUAACACUUCUAAGACUUCAUUUAAGGACCGUUGAUAAAAAGUUUUCACCAUUGGCUGAUCUCUAUUGGAAAAAAUGUGAAUGUAUAUCCUAGCAUGUAUCUAUUUAAAAAGCAUAUUCAGCAACAGAUGAACAAAUUAGGAUUUAAUCUGAGUAAUACCGUUGAUUCUCCCAGAUUUCUUUUGAAAGCUUUUUGUCAAAGACACUGAACCAUGAACAAAAUGUCUUCCUGUAGUCAUCAAAAAAAAAAAGAGAGAGAGAAGCAUUUUUUGUUCAUUUUUUUCUUCUUUUUUUGUCUUAUUUUUCUCCAUUGGCCCCAAGUAAUUUUAGACAAAGAAAAUGUCUAAAAAGAAUGGCCUCCCUCCCCUGCUUAUUUUUUAUUUAUUUAUUUUUUUUUUUUUACCCACCUACCCACCCUCUUCUGUCAAUAUCACCACCAUUGAUAAUUUGUAUCAAAUGAAGAAAAAGUGUUUUUGAUGAUCACAUCAAUAAUUUGUUUGUGUAUGGGAAUAGUGCAUGGUUGCACUAUUGUUACUAUUGAUAUGUUGUUUUGUAUGAGCUUAACCAGUGAAAAUACCACAAUGGAAGACAGGCGUAUUCUGAUUUUGUAACAUGAUGAAAGUCAGUGGUGAACUAUGGUAAGAAAGCCAAUAUCAGUUAAGUAUUUAUAACAGUACAUAGAUAAGGUACAUGUAAGAUUACCGGUGAUUUGCUUUUCACUUUUUUUUCUUCUUCUUCUUCUUCUUCUUCUUCUUCUUCUUCUUCUUCUUCUCCUCUUCUCCUCUUCUUUUCUUCUUAUUAUUUUCUUCUUAUUAUUUUCUUCUUUUCUUCUUUCUUCUUUUUCUUUCUUUCCUUUUCUUCUUUCUUUCUUUUCUUCUCUUUCUUUCUUCCUUACCUUUAAUCUUUCUUUUUUUCCUUCUUUCCUUCUUUCUUUCUUUUACAUAUUGAAGGAAUUAUGAUUUAAAUUUUGACUGGAAGGCAAAGAAUUGAAGAAAUACACAUAUUGCACUAUUAUCAAGUGCCAAAUUGUCGAGGCUAGCUUGCAUGCCAUUGAAACUAAUGUUGUGAAUUUGCUUAUUUAAUUUUUUACUUUUUUUUUUAUUAUCAUUAUUAAAAUGAAUUGCUUUGAAUCAUACCAGCUAUUUUUGCAUUGAAAAUGGCACAAAUUUAUUUUCCUUACACUCUUCUAUAUAUUACAUAUGAAAGCAGUUUCCUUCACUUUUUGUAUGCAAAGCAGAUUCUGGAAAGAAAAGGGAAGGGACAUGCUAAAAAGAAAGUCUUAAGCUUUUUACAUGUGUACACAAAAGAGUACAGUCUUGCAUUUUCAUCGCAGCUGGUUUUUGCUUCUGUCCAACAGUAAUAUAUUAAUAUUUGUAAAAUGUAGUCAUACCUUCCCUCAGAUAAACAAAAAAAAUGACAUCAUAUUCAAGAGUACUCCAACAUCCGUCUUGUAGCUGCAUUCAAAUACAGUAUGUUCUUUUUAAGCAGAUAUUGCUUACCAAGGCUGCUUUGGAACCCUUAAGUGUGUGUAAUAAAAAUGAUAAUAGAAAUAUACCAAAGAAA